GAACAAGGCUCUACCGGAGUAAGAUCUCGCCCUACUAAAUCUAGCAAUAGCACUCCAAAAGACGUGCCAGAGGCACGAACUAGUUCUAAUUCUUCGAAAUCUACAAAGGUCAAAGCCAGCUUGACUCGUUCAGGGACACCUUAUUAUUGUCCACCUGGUCGAAUAGCUUUUAUUGCCUUCUUGAUUGUACGCUUAACUGCCGUUUUUUUCUCCAAUAUAGCUGAUUGCGAUGAAGUAUUUAAUUAUUGGGAACCAACGCACUAUCUACAGUAUGGAUACGGAAUGCAAACAUGGGAGUAUUCUCCUGAAUAUGCUAUAAGAAGUUGGGCCUAUAUUAAAUUACACGCGAUUAUUGUGUGCGCAUUAUCCGAAUCGAUGUUUUAUAUCGCUGCGUUAACUCAUUUGGGGCCACGAGUUGGACGUUAUUUGAUAAUCACAAUGCUUCUUAGCGCAGGAAUGUGGAAUGCAUCCACUGCAUAUCUUCCGUCCACAUUCGCAAUGUACACAACUAUGGUAGCUUUCUUUUAUGCACUUAUGCCAGUUUCAACGACUUCUGGGCGCCGAGCUCAUGGAACUAUCUUUUGGGUUGGUCUUGGAUCACUUUUAGGAUGGCCUUUUAGUGCUGCCGUGGGGAUUCCUGCUGCAUUCGAAGAGUUAGUGCUUCGAAACGCACUAAAGAAACCAUUUGAGAGAAUUCGACGCUUGAUUUCCGGAGUUAUUACUUCCUUAUGUAUAAUACUG